AUGCAGUUCUCCACUCUCGCUUUCCUCGUCGGAGCCAUCAUCGGCGCUCCCCUGGCCCUCGCCAGCGCCGAACCAGCCUCUCAGGCGACUACGCCCCAGUCGAAGGUGUUCUACAACUUCUGCUGCAUGCCCGGAUGCUACUACUGCGAGGCAAAGGACUGCCCUCCUGAAACCUGUUCCGGAGUCUUUAGCAGCUGCUGUGGUGAAAGCUUCCGGAAGGCGACUGGGGACGGCAACCUCCAAUUCUUCAAUGCCAAGGGGCAGAAGAUUCACUUCGUAUCGGGCGACUUCACUCCUGGCGACGCUACCGAUGCUCCCACCUCCACCUCCACUUCGGCUUCGGCUUAG